CGCCCGACGCCGAUGGAGCCGCCGUCGUACAAGCUCCUAUCACUGGACUCGGCAUCGCUCGAGCAGAGUCUCUCGCACCUCUCCACGCGCAUUGCGCAGGUUGAAGACUCGAUUCCGGCGCAUCCCGCGUUUGCCACGUUUGCCGAACGCAUAGCCGAAGUAGAGACCAAGAUCGCGUCGCUGCAUUUGUCGCUUUCUUCAAACUCGGUAUCUGCCUCCUCGCUGCCGUGUAUUGCCAAAGAAUUGCAAAUCUCGGACGACGACGAGAGUCGAUCCAGUGUCGGUAUUUGUCUCGACGAGCUGCGCGCCUCUCAGAUGAAGAUCAAGCUCGAGCAUGAUCUUCGCUUCUCCACGCUGCAGCUCGAGCUCGAAAAGGUCAAGCGCAGCCUGGGCGCAGUCCCGUCCGAAGCCGACCACGACGUCUGGAAGCAGAGUCUUAUGGCCGAUGCAAUUUUGAAGGCCAAGGCGAGCGGCGCAGCUGCCGAGCAAAUGACGAGCGAAAAGCUGGCCCUCCACGCGCUUGAAGCGGCCCACUGGAAAAGCGAUUUUGAGGCCUCGUUGAGCAAGCGUCUCGAUGGUGUCGUCGGCCUCAUCCAGGCCAACGCCGCCGCGAUCGACGACGUUACGACGGCCACCGAGAAACGACUGACGCAACAAGAAGAAGGCAUUUCUGUCAUGGAGCAAACAGCGCAGUACCUCCGCUCGACGACAAGCAGUAUCGACGACGAUCGCGCCGCCGUCCACAGUCGUCUCGAAGCCGUCGAAGCCAACGUGCAUCAAGCCGUGGCACAAUGCGCCGAUGUCAUGGCGGCGGUGGACCGUCAAGUACGCGCCAACCAAGUCAUUCUCGACACGGUCGACAGCGUCGAGAAGAAGUUGAAUCAGCGCAUUGCCGACGCGGAUGCCAAGACCGCGGCCACAGAAGGCGUCCUCCGUGGCCAGCGUCACCACACGGAGCUUUUGGUGCAGGACAUGCGCAAUCUCCUGGCAACGUCGAUGGAGACGAUGGACAUUGAAGCGCGCAAGCUCAACUUUACGAUCGAGACGCUGACCGCGCUCCAGACACAUUUGAGCAAGACCGACGACACGGUCCGGUCCCACGCAGUUGCGCUCGAUGUUUUGGUCAAGCACGACGGCAUGCUCACGCAGCACACGCUGCGCUUUGCCGAGCUCGACCGCUCGAUUGCCAUGCAAGUCGAGAAGGACCGCGUUCGCCUUGAGCGACUCGAAAACGACUACUCGUCGCUAAAACACCACGUUCACGAAACCGAGUGGGUCGCUAACGAAAACAACAAGAUCUUUCACGAACAACUGCACCAGCUGCACCAACUGGCCAAGACGACCGAGAGUGCAGUCGCGACGCUGUCAGGGCAGAUGCCCGGCCUUCAGUACGAUGUUACGGAGCUUAGCAACGGCGUCGCCAACACCCGCGUCGAAAUGAAGCGCGUUGUCGCCUCUAGCACCCUUGUCGAAGAGCAACUCAAGGACGUACAGCACCACAUUCUCGAUUGGCGUGGCACAAUCAACGUCCGCUUCGACAUGUGCGAGCAGGCGACGCGCGAAAUCGAUUCGCAAGCCAAAGACACGUCGGCACUGCUCGACCAAUUGGCCUACCGACUCGACGACGAGCGCAAACACACGCUCCACAACUUUCAAGCCAUGCACCACCUCGUCGAUGGUCUCAUCCAGCGCGACGUCAUCAACGACGAGAUCCGUGACGAGCGUCUCGGCAAGUGGGCGCUCGAAAUAGCGACCGCGGGUCUCCAGCAAGAGCACUUCUUGUCGCACUCGACCGUGCUGCCGGACGACCGGAAGCAAAAAGUUGCCGAUUGCAUAUUCCAAGCCACGGGACUCCUGAGCAGCGACGUGCGUCACCACGUGAGCCGAGUCACGCUCACUGAACACCACGUGGACGACGCGACUGUCCAAGCACUUCGGAACGCCGCGGCCGUCGCCUUUGGCAACCGCGUGCGUCAGCAUAUGGAGACCAUGGCGCCAACAACAAACCGAUUCCUGAUCGACGCGCGCGAUACCUUUGUGCGCCGAGUGCAGAGUUGCGUGCAUUUAACCCUCUCGUUUGUCGGUGGCCACCACGCGAUCGCCAAGCAAAAGCGGCCGCCAACGACCGCGACGUGCAUCUCUGACACGACCAGCAGCGCCAACCAAGACGAGCCCGACGCCGAUGCAAGUGAUGCGAAAAAGGCGACGGGAAAGCUGCGGCCCAUGACGGCUGGAAGCGGCCGCGUGGAUGUCAAGUCGGUUAUCCCACGUCGGUCGGGCACGUCGACGAUGAAGCCCAAGGCGUCCGGGGAGAUCAUGCACAUUCCGCCGAGUGCGACCGGCGAGCAAUUUGUGUACCGUGGCGGCUUUCGCAUUCCGAAGCAAGCCAAAGCGACCACGGACGUCGAAGUCAACACGUCGAUCCGGCACAUUGACGUCAACCUGCAAGACAAGCUUCGGGAAGAGCCUUGUCUCGAGAAGGUCGGUCUUCGCGGUCGGUGUCAGGUAUACUCGCUCCUCUCAGGUAUAAUGUCAUAA